UCUCUCUUUCUCCCUCUCUCUCUCUUUGUGGGAUGCUCGGACUCUCUGGAUGGAUGAGCCCUCGCGUCGGAGUCACCACCAUUACAUCAUCUUUUCCCACACAGCCGAUCGCGAAAUGAGAGCUUUUUAAUAUUUAACCGGGAUCCCGAUUGUCCGGAGCGAGCAGCAGCCUCUUCAUAUCUCCACAAAGCUCCACUGUGGGACAAAAUAAAGCCACAUCAGUGAUGUCUGCGGGGAUGAUGGCGUUUCAAUGAGCGGGGAGGAGAGGAGGGGGAGAGGAGGAGAGACGUGCGCCGUCAUCAGCAUCUGUCCGCCAGCUCCCUUUGUGUUCACCGGAGAAUGUGAAUGGCGAAAGAUGACAUGGCAGAGGUAGAUUUGGCAUCAAACGGAGCGGAACCCCCCGGCGAGGCCUCCUCGGUGUUCCCCUACGAGGAGUACGAAUGCAAAAUCUGCUACAAUUAUUUCGACCUUGACCGCCGGGCUCCGAAGAUCCUAGAGUGCCUGCACACGUUUUGCGAGGAGUGCCUGAACACGCUUCAUCUCCGGGAGGAGCGGCCAUGGCGCAUCAGCUGCCCCGUCUGUCGCCACCGGACUCCGGUGCCGGAUUAUCGGAUACAAAACCUGCCCAACAACACCAAGGUGACGGAGGAUUUCCCGCUCUACAUCGACUCGGACCCCCUGCCUCAGGACGCUCUGCCGCCGUACCCUCCCCCGCUGCACCCAGCUCUCGUCGCCCUCCGCCGGGAGGAGGCGUCGGGGACGUCCAGCGUCAGCCAGGCGACCCCGUCCACCACCGUGUCCACUGCCACCACCCUCUCCCAGGACUCGGUGCGCUACGACAGCUGUCAGAGCUGCAAGAGAGUGGCGCUGACCACCGGCUGCGUCUGCGUGAUCUUCUCCUUCCUCUCCAUGCUGGUGUUGCUCUUCAUGGGCCUCAUCUUUGUGCACAGUCACAGCAUUCCCCCCUCGCCGGCGGGACCCAUUUGCUUGUCGGUAGCCAGCAUCCUGGCCAUGUUCUCCGUGGUGGUCACAUGGCUCAUCUGCUGGCUUAAAUACCGACCGGACCAUGAGACGGGCCGCUCAUCCGCCACCACUAACUCCCGGAGAAACGCCUGAUAGGGCGGCUGCUGACUAGUGAUGGAGCUGUUGUGCUGUGGCUGUGUGAUUAUGUACAUAAUACUGGCAACUCCUGCUCCCUUUACUUUUUCUAGGAAGAAAUCUCGUCCACAAUGGCCUUUCAUCAGUAUAGCAAACACCCAAAGGCCUUCAUGUUGUUUGGAGCAAUAGGCCGACAUGAUCCUUGAUAAUCUUCUCCUUAAAUUGUGCACUUGAAUUGACAGUAGGCCCAGCUGAUGGGCGUCCUGAUGACUGAACUGUAGUCAGAGACUUUAGACCCCUGCUGUUGGUCUCAGCUGUGGUUGGUUUGAAUGUGAAGUGCUUAUUUCCGACCUGUCCUGCUAAAUUAUAUGCAUAUCCCACUAUGCCACUCACUGUAUGAUAAGUGUCCAUGAUGAUCCACUCUUAUAUCUCAACAAAGCACUAUUGUAUUGUACAGAUAGUUGGCACUUCUGAGUUUCCAGCAGGUGGAUGUUGGUUUUUACGGAGGCUUGUAUUACAAAGAAGUCCACAACUGUAAAUAGUCCACAGAGGAGCUAGGUGGGGAUAGGUGUCAUCAGCUUUUCUUGACUUUGCUAACCCUUGUUGUGCUUGAACUUAACCCUGCAGGAUGGCACUGUUUCCUUUAGCACCAUGAGAAUGCACCUCCAACAGGUUUUUCAAGGGGAUUCAGAGAUAGAUUGUGAUUUUGACCCAGUGUUUGGCGAUUAUUGUGCAUGAUAGGCUCCUGAAAGGUUAAGGCAUUUUGUUCCUACUUUUUUCUUUUGUUACACAAAGGACAUUAUGUGUCCUGACUCGUGUGCCUCACCUUGUUGCUGAAUGAAGUAAAACUUCACUGUAAUCAUGAUCCAAAUCAUGCACGGGCCUCCUGCCACAGACGGUGUCCAGCUGAGGCGUUGGCAGGGAUUUCCUCUUUCUGUCACAUCAUUUACACAGUGGAAGUUAGAAACAGGGUUGUCAACAUGGAGCCGCCUCCUAAAUCUGCACCUUUUUAGACUUGUGAAAAAUGUGGGUUUAAACAUUAGAGCUCGACUGAUAUUUUCGAUUCGUAACCAAUAUAAGGGAAUAAAAUGUCAGAUACUGAUAUAUUGGCCGAUACAGUACUGUACAUGUAACAUUACCGUUACACUCCUAUUUAUGUACAAACGUAGAGGCAGAACACGCUAAGUAAAUAGUUAAAAAUUCUCUUUUUUGUUCCAGAAUCCAAGUGUUUCUUCUCUUGAUGCCAGCUGUAGUAGUUACAGUGACUUUAGGCUCUUGUCCCCGUGUUGUUGGAUGACAUUAUAGGGUUGGCAUCAUGAGAGCUUCCUCCGUCUCUCAUUCUGUGCUACUUUGCACUGGAUUGUAUUUCAGUGAGCGCUGGACCAACUAUACAAUGUUGGUUUCUAUCAAUAUAACUAAAUUACCCAAACACAUUUUUCUACAUUAUAUGUGGUUAAAAAAAAGGGGGAAAUCAUUUCAGAGCAUAUUUGACUACAUAUAUGCAGAUACAAUAUAUAUCUGUGAUUGGCUGACCGACAUAUACCAAUAUAUACCAAUAACUGAUGGAGGCUGAUAUACUGGAAUGAUAAUAAACCUUUUCUAUGUGGCUUUUUUUUUUUUUACCGAUAUGACUCUGCUAAGAGUACUCAGGAGUCUUCAACUAAGCAUUUUAUUAAAUUAUAUUUAACGUUAUUAUAUAUUAUACACACAAAAAAACUAUUCUAGAAAUUAAAACUGAGGGGGAAAUUUCUUUACAUUAAAAUAAAUAAAUAAAUAACCAAAUUAACAUCAGUACUGUAUGUUCAGUGUGAGUCAAUUACAUUUUCUAAUCUACCCAAUAUAUAUUAUAAAAAAGGUUUUCCUAUCGGUGCAGAUAUGCUGAUAUGCCUUUGAUAAGCCGAUAUCAGCUGAUAUAUCGGUCAGGCUCUAAUCUCAUCUAAUAUAUCUGUUUCUUGGCCAGGCCAGAAAUGAUGAAGGACUUCUAAAGGGAUACAUUUGGUUGCUCUGAGAUUGUCAGGAGUCAUAAUUACCUCUGGAAACUUAAAGGGGCUGAGAUCAGAAAGAGGCACAUAAGAAUGAUAAAAACACUGCAAUUUGUUUUGUUUGUAUUUCAUUUCCCUAAACUAAUAGCAAUCAGUUUAUAUUGGUUUCCCCUCAGAAAUACAUAGCGAAGCUGUAUUAAAACAGAAACACUGAACUUUUGGAAUCAAAUCAGCUUCAGACAACACAGUGUAAUCAAAAAGCCAACAGUGGGCAAGCUCCUUAUUAUGAACAUUACUGUGAACCGUUGGUGAAUUCUGUGUAUGUAAUUGUUGCUACAAUCUAUACAAUUAUUUAUUUAUUAUUCUUGAUUAUGGCAAAAUGUGAUACCUAAUUUGUGGUGCGGUGUAAGACCCUCAUUUUCACAACUGUGUGACGAUCCAGUUGCACUCCUGUGUCAUGUUCUGGCUCCCCAACCUUCCCUGUCAGCAUUCAAUGAAGAAUUUGGAGAUGAAUUGGACGGCAAAGUGGUUUAGCACUUAUAGCCCUUGCACACUCAUGGUAUCCCUACCUCACUGCAUGGGGAAAACCAACCCAAAAUAAUUCAACAUCAUUCUUAAUCCGCCCUCAUUCUGCUUGCUUCAAUCAUCCUGCUCAACCUUUUCCCAACUUUUAGAUGAUGCACUUUCACCCUCUUAUUUGACACAAGUAACGGGGUAUACCUUUGUUAAAUGUAAGCAUAUUGUAUUUAUUUCGGAGGACCUAGAAAAUGUUGUUGGUUUUUAAUGAGAAUCUGUGGUUGUUGUUAAAGUACCAAAAGUAUUUGCACAGAGAAAUGUUCUUUAUGUGCUGUUUUACAUACAUAAACACAUUUCAGUAAUAAAGGAAACAUGAAUACC